AUGUCACUUAUUACCGAUGCCGAGUAUUUGAUAUAUCGGAUGCGAACCACGCUCCUCUCCGUGCCAGACCCACUCACAGAACGAGUCAUUACACUGCCCACUGAAUCUGAUAAUGAUUACAUUCUAGCUGAACAACCAAACAACAACAUGGAAUACAGGAGUAAAUUCAUCGAAGAAAAUCUACUCCAACAACCCGCUACUAUUAAUGCUGCUGCUGGCCCGGGAAGGAUACGGGUUCGUACCGGCAUAACAAGAAAGUCAAACUCACCACGAGGACUACGCCAGUCGGGUCUAAAUAUCAAAGAGUCUACCAACGACGCUAGAAAGAGUGUCAUGAGCACCACCGACACAAUAGCUGCAAAACGUGCAUCGAAUAUUACCACUAGAGGAAUCAUGUCUCCACAAUCGGCCAAAGGAAUAAAGUCACCAGAGUCUGCAAAGACUCCAGAUACAAAUAGACCUGAAUCUGCUGUAGGAAACUCGGCUGAUCCUGGCCCUAGAAAUGUAGAAGCUGCUCUAGCACAAGCUGAAAUUCGAAGACAAGUCCAACUACAAGCAUUGAAGGAACAGUUGGCUGCCGAAGAAUGUAAAGUAGAAGCACUCACUAUGGAGAUUGCUGCUGCUGCUCCAGAAGUGGCACCCGAAACAGAAACAAAGGAGAAUACCAUACCGCUUGUAACAGUCGACGAGAGACGACGACGAGAAUCAGAGUCUAGUAGUAUAGCACAACAAACCAGUAUACAAGAACGACAACCUGGAGAAAAUGGAGAGCCACCGUUAGUAGUGGAGGAAGUCGAGGACGACGACGAUGACGACAACGAAGUCUUCUUGAAACCACCUGCUGAUGCUAUAGAUGAUAAAUCAGACCAUUCAGCAGAUGUAGAAGAUGAUAAACCUAGUGAUUCUCAACAGCCCACAAUAUCGGCUACUGGUGCUUCUGCUCGACAGAGUAUAGCUGCUAGUGGACCACGUGAAAUGGCAUAUUCAAUAAGUAAAGACUCGGACGUAUCUGAUGAAUACUUGAAUGAUCAUGAUGAUGUAGCUCCUGAAGUAUUGAAUUUGAGUAUGAGAGAUUUAGGAGGCAAUGAGACCAGUAGUGGUCUUCCUGAACCGGAAUCUGUCAUAAAAGUAGAAGGUGACUCUAUAGAAUCAACACCGGUGCCUGAUACAGGAGGAGUCACUGAAUCGACAGACACUCUGACUACACAGUCUGUUGCCCAAGCUCUGAAUACAGUAGUCCCCACAGCGCCAGUAAUACAACAACAGCAAUCACGACGACCGUCACAGCAACCGCUACAACAACAGCAGGCAGAUGCAGCCCGAGCAUCAAAUGUAUCUAGAUCAUCACAACAGCACCCUAGUCCGACCGUCUCACGUCAUCCUUCCAAAUCGUCAUCGCAGUAUUCUUCAGCAUCUAAAUUAUUCCAAACCAACUUGUUUGCUAAACGAGAACUAUUGACGAGAUCGGAGUCUCGAUUGGCAGCUGAAAAUACUGCUGCAACUACUAGUAGUCAUCCUACCCUUCCAAGGUCAGAGUCUGGCAAACCUGCCAGUAUUGUUACGAGUAUGCGAGGAUCUGCUUCACAGUUACUAGACUCGUUGAGGCAUUUGGGUACACGACCAGUAUCAGCAUUAACUGCUCUGAUUAAUGAAAGGGCGAAUACCAAUAAUCCGUUUGCUGAUGAGUACUCUUGCUUUUCUGGAAAAGCUGAUCCGGAUUCAGUGAGAAUCAAGAUUUACAUACCCUUUCGAGAACAUCAUCCUCGUCCACUCAUGAUUAAAGUGAAAAGAGAUGCUACGGUAGAAGACGUUAUUGGAUACAUCCUCUACGAGUACAUCAAUCAGAGCAUAACACCUCCGCUACCCGAAAAGGGGUGUGAUGUUAUAAUGUGGUGUUUGAGGAUUGUGGAAGAUGAUGGCAGUAUUGAUGACGACUUUCCAGCACUGGAAAGGUCGAGGAAGAUACACAAGUUUGCAUUUGAUCAGUUCGCCUUGUGUGAAGCAUCAGCCGAACAAGUGGCUGCUGAAAGGACACGUCGAGUAGCUGCCAUCAAAUCAGCUUCCAUAAGUAGUACUGCACAAUCAACACCGACGUCUGCAACAUCGGCUUCAUCAGCAUCUCAAAUCCUGUAUAUCCGAGUGCAUCUGUAUUCGACUAUCGAAGUCAAGCAAACAACCACACUGCAGUUACCUGGUACAACAGUCUUGUCGGAAGUCUUUGAGCAAGUGUGUAAAAAGAGGAAAUAUGAACCCAAGGACUAUGUGCUGAAGAUGGUGGAUACCAAGACGGAUGUCCCAUUAGACAAGACUUUGACAGAUUUGAAAACGACCGAAUUUUGUAUAUUGAAGAGGGAUCGCGGUGGAGCUGGUGAUAUCUUUUUAAGACCUCCUGAUGAAGUCAAUACGGGAGACAAUCAACCUCAAUUCAUGAUAUCGGACGAGUACACGUCCAUGUAUAAGCAAUACACGGUCAUGCACAAGCAUUUCAUGGGACGGCAGGAACGAACCUUAACCAUAGAUGGAGAAUACAUUCACGUGUUGGCUCCCGAGAAUAGAACCUUGUUCGAAUCUGCCAAAACGAAUUCUCAUCAUAUAUCUACUGUGGUGUCAUGCAAGAGCAAAUCGAAUUCAGCCAACUUCAAGCUAUUAGUGCAGCGAGUGGAUCGAGAUUACAAGUCAUAUGAUUUGGAAGCUUUGAGUGCCAAUGAAGCUUACGAGAUCUGUCAACGCAUCACAUGGAUGAGCAAGAUGGUCAAGAAGGACUUGGGGGCGACUGUGAGCACGUCGUCGUUGAAUCUUGCCAAGUAG